GCCUGAAGGAAAGAAUUUGGGGGAUCCCAGGGUGAAAAAUGUGCAGGCUCCACUGCCCUCCUCCCCACUCCCAAGUUUGUAGCGCCGGCACCGCGCCCCAGCCGGCACAGGGUAGACACCAGGGAACUGCGGCGGUGCCGGGUCUUCCACCGCUCAAGGAACCGAACGCCUUUCCCAGCCAGCAGGUGAGCCCCAGGUGUGUCCCAGAGGGAUCCAGGUGACUUCUCUGCAGACUACUUGCCAUGAUGCCCCACCAAGAACAGGGGGAAUAAAGUGGGGGUCCUUCCCCAUGCCCCUCCCAUGGUCAGCUCCCCAAUGGCCUGGGUGAGGGCGGACUGGCUGCUCUGACACCAUGGGGAGCUGCUGCAGCUGCCUGAACAGAGACAGUGUCCCAGACAACCACCCCACCAAGUUCAAGGUGACAAAUGUGGAUGACGAGGGGGUGGAAUUGGGCUCCGGGGUUAUGGAGCUGACGCAGAGUGAGCUGGUGCUGCACCUGCAGCGGCGCGAGGCUGUCCGCUGGCCCUACCUCUGCCUGCGGCGCUACGGCUACGACUCCAACCUCUUCUCCUUCGAGAGCGGCCGCCGCUGUCAGACGGGCCAGGGGAUAUUUGCCUUCAAGUGCUCCCGGGCUGAGGAGAUCUUCAACUUGCUUCAGGAUCUGAUGCAGUGCAACAGCAUCAACGUGAUGGAGGAGCCGGUCAUCGUCACCCGCAACAGCCACCCGGCUGAGCUCGGCCCCCCUCGGGCCCCCCAGCCUCCCAAUGCUCUAGGCUACACUGUCUCCAGCUUCUCCAAUGGCUUCCUUGGCUGCCCAGGAGAGGGCCCGAGAUUCUCAGCACCCCGGCGCCCCUCGACGAGCAGCCUGCGACACCCCUCGCUUGGGGAAGAGUCUACUCAUGCCCUCAUUGCCCCUGAUGAGCAGUCCCACACAUAUGUCAACACGCCAGCCGGUGAGGAUGACCACCGCCGGAGCCGGCAUUGCCUGCAGCCCUUGCCCGAGGGCCAGGCGCCCAGCCCCCCCCAGCCCGGGGGCCCUGACCCCCGGGACCCCCAGGUGUUUCUGCAGCCAGGCCAGGUGAAGUUCGUGCUGGGCCCCACCCCCGCUCGGCGGCACAUGAUGAAGUGCCAGGGCCUCUGGCCCAGCCUGCAUGAUGCCCCCCCCAACAACAACAACAACGAGGGCGCAUCUGAGUGCCCGGCUCAGCCCAAGUGCACCUAUGAGAAUGUCAGCGCGGGCCUGCGACCGGGGGCCGGCUGGAGACUGAGCACGGAGGAGCCAGGCUGGAAUGGUCUUGCCCACCGCCGGGCCGCCCUGCUGCACUAUGAGAACCUUCCCUCCCUGCCCCCCGUGUGGGAGAGCCAUGGCCAACAGCUGGGGGAGGAGGCUGGGGAUGACGGAGACUCGAGGGAUGGGCUCACUCCCUCCUCCAAUGGCUUCCCUGAUGGUGAGGAGGACGAGACCCCACUUCAGAAGCCCACCAGCACCCGGGCUGCCCUCCGUAGCCAUGGCAGCUUUCCUGUGCCACUGACCUGCCGCCGAGGCUCCCCGAGGGUCUUCAACUUUGAUUUCCGCCGGCCGGGCCCCGAGCCCCCCAGGCAGCUCAACUACAUCCAGGUGGAGCUGAAGGGCUGGGGUGGAGACCGCCCCAAGGGGCCCCAGAACCCCUCGUUUCCGCGAGCCCCCAUGCCCACCACCCACCCUGUCCGCAGCUCAGACUCCUAUGCCGUGAUUGACCUCAAAAAGACCGUGGCCAUGUCCAACCUGCAGAGGGCGCUGCCCCGAGACGAUGGCACUGCCAGGAAAACCCGGCACAACAGCACCGACUUGCCUCUGUAGGGACUUCCUCAACUCUCCUCACGCUCCUGUUCCCCAAACCCACACCCUGGGUUCAAGGUUGCUUUGUAGAAGGCCACCGAGGUGGAAACCCAGGCUUCCCUGCGCUGGCUGGCAUCCCCGAAGAUAGCAGCCACUGAGUCUCCUGGUCUUCUAAGCUGGGCAGAAAAGGGUGACCAGGCAAGGAGGGAGCCGGGACGUAAACUGUGAAGGGUUCCUCUGAUGCAUUUAAGCACCCUCCCGUUUAUGUCCAUUUGUCUUGUCUCUCGUCUGUCUGUGUGUUCUCUUUGGUUGAAAUUUUGAAACAUUUUGUACCUGUUGAUUUUAUUUAUCAGUUUAUUUUUCUAUUUAUUGUUUUAAAUGUAAUUUAACAUAUUUAUUAUUAAUAUAAUUAUUUUUAAAUUCUG